GUAUUCAAGCGGAAGAGGGCCGAUUGGGCGCUGGAGGUAACAAAUUACGAGGUCCCGGGCCUUUCAUUUCUGUUUCUCCAAUUCUUUCUUUAUUUGCCUGUUUCUCUGUGAGGAGUCCCACGUAAGACGACACUUGUUGAGGGAAUGGAGAAUGGAGAACGUUGCAGUCCGGCGCUCUCCACAGGAGCAAUGCACCAGAGAAAAGCUCUAUGUCCACUAGGUAUGCACGAGGUACCUGAGACGCGAGGGAGAUACAUCGUAGCAAUUCUCCCAGAAAUUCAAUCUUGCUGGCUGCAAUAUCAAUCGUCCAUAUACGCAGCACGGGUCAGCCUCGGGAGUCUCUCGGGAGAGAGAGGUCUAGACUCGGGAGACACUGCACUACCUUACCUACUGUCGAUAUCUGAUGGAAGGUGGGGAUUCCAGAACAUAAGGGACGCCGUCGCCACACCGGCCGCUCUGUCUAUCUCUUCUAGUAAGCAAUGCAGCAGAGCAUUCCGUUCGAUACGUCGUCUACGACUCGAAACAGUCAGACGGUCAGCCCGACAGAGCAGCGUCCCAGCCACCGCGCGCAGUGUUUCGUCAGAGGCGAGAGGAGAUGAGAUAACAGUACGGUAGAUGCGAGAUGAGGGAUCGGUGGUUCCGUGCCGUACGCAUGGUAUAGUAUAGAUCGAUGCGCGCGUCCCAGGAGCUCAGCAGGCAGACGAGGGGGUGAGGAGGGUGUGGUACUUAUAGACUUACUACAAGGACGGUACAGUAUACAAAUCCGGACUCGAAGACCUGC